AUGUCGUAUGUGACAGUCUUCACAGCUGCUGUGUGCGCUGGACUAGGCCAACUGGAGAAUGGAAGAACAUUUUUCCGCUAUGGAGGGAUUUAUGCAUCGUUUGUAUGUAAUGUUGGAUUUAAUCUUCUGGGUCACACUAGCAGUACCUGCGUCAGAGGAAGGUGGAGGAGGCCUGCUCCAGUAUGUGUAGCUCCUGGGUGUAGUCUUCCCCGUGGUAUUGUACAUGGCAGUCUCAGAACAAGUUUCAAUGGAGCUGCCAUCAAUUUCAUGUGCAACAAAGGCUAUAAACUCCGUGGAUCUUCAUUAAUCUAUUGUGAUGGGAAAAGAUGGAACAGUCCCAUUCCUACGUGUAGAGAGUCUGACAUGAUGAGUACCCAUCUGAAAAAGAAGAGCCAAGUGACAGGAGGUCCAAAUGUCAAUGGAAGUCUUUUUACUUCACCAAAUCCUCCUAGUAACAUCUUGAGUGGCCAGCAAAAUAAUAUCCCCAAUAACGAUACAUGGCAGAAGUUUCAAACAAUUCGGAAUGAUAAUGUGUUCAUUUCUAAAGAAAUAAUUCAAAAUAUUAACAAAUUUGUAACAACAGCAAGAACUAAUAUUUUUCCAUCUUUUCUGCAAAGUACAUCAACACAGCCACCACAGGCUAUCGAUCUUGAACGAUCAUCUUUUGCUUCUGGCACCCAAAGUCUAAAUAUUAAUUUAAGCAGCGCACCAGAAAGAACAGAUAGUCACACUGUUACAUCGAACAAAAUGAAUUUAAUAUCUAAAAACAGUGUGCAGAUAAGCAACAUUUUUACACCAUAUUCUAAAAUAAGAAACUCUGUUCUCCAAGCUACACCAGCUCAACCAUUUCAGAUAAAGUCUACCAUCCAAAAACAAUCACCCGUUACCAAGAUUCCAAGCCCAAAGGUUGACAUAUCAAUAAAUAGGGCAUCAUACAAGCCAACUGAUGAUAGUUCGAUGUUUACAAACAAAAUGGACAUAGUAUUUAACUACAAUGUUGAGAUUAACAAAUUUGCUACAUCAUCUCCCCAAACAAACAUUAUAACAAAAUGUAAAAAUGCAGCUACAGAGGAUGAUUUCAUCACUGAACCUUCAAAUGUUCCAAAAGCAACUCGCAUGGUUCCUACUGAGAUAAGAAUUUCUAAAUUAAAUGUUUUGGAAGAUGUGGAUAGUCAGAUAUCACUACAACAUAUUGCAUCAAGCAAGGCCUCUCCAUUAAGUCUUGUAAAUGAAAUCUCUGUGGCGGCUAUACCUGAUGUCAGAGGUGACAGUGAAACUUUAGAGAAAAUGCCAUUGCUUGCGUCAAUAGGCAACCCUUUGUCAAAGAAUCUUACCAAUAAAGUAUUGAUGAACACAACUGGCCUGUCAGAGACUCUUCCUGCCAUUUCUGCAAAAGCUAACUCAUCGACACCAUCAUCAAGCACCACUGAGUCCUCUUUAAUCAAUCAUGCCAACUCUUCAGUAGCUUCUCUAGGUAACUUUGCAGAAGAUCAAAGGACACGGACCUCAACUGUGAGGUUUCAUGGAACUCAUAACAGUCCAGUUGACAACCUGCUGGAGUCUAACGGCAUAGCAACUACAGUACAGAAGCAACGUGGUUACAGCUCAAGAAAGCAUUCGUUCACCAAUAAACCAUAUGCACUUGACAGUCAAACAAAAGCAACCCAAUAUACUAGGCUAGCAAAAAAACAUUAUACACCAACAUACACAUCUACUGUUCCGUUAAUUACAACCCAAAGAGCAGCUUUACCUACUGCUAAAUUCAUGGCUAUCCGAUUCUAUGAUGGCCUAAAUAAACCAUUAAAAAGAAGAGUGCGUUGUACCUAUCCACCUGUGCCCACACAUGGGACUUUCAGAUUCCUCACCAUAAAAGAUCCACUUCCCAGUGAAUACAGGUAUUAUAUCCAGUACUCUUGUUAUCCUGGAUAUACAAUGUCUCAAGGUGAUGAGUACAGUUUUUGUCUGGAGCAUGGAUUGUGGAGUGGAGUCACACCUAUUUGUGAAGAAUUUGUACCUUGCAUGAUUAACAAUGGCGGGUGCUCUCAAAUCUGUAAAGUCCAGGAUGAAGGACACGCAGAAUGCUCUUGUAAAGAAGGUUUUCAGUUGCUUGAUGAUAAGAGGACUUGCAGAGAUGUAAAUGAGUGCGGUGAUGGACCUCAGCCAUGUGAACAGAUCUGUACUAACACCUUUGGGUCUUAUCAAUGCAGCUGUUGGCCAGGACUCACCCUUGCUGAAGAUGCAAAAUCAUGUGUAUAGGACCAUAUGCCCCAUCAUAUUCCACUUCUCUGUACAAUAAAGAUAUAAUAACAGUUUGGACAACUUUAGUAAUGUCUGCUGAAUGUUUCCACCAAAUAUGUCUCAUUCUUUGUUUUCACUUCAUUCACAUGCACAAAAACUUGAUGUUUUACAUAGGAAUUGUCAAUUUCCAGGUAAUCCCAAUUUUAAUUCAUAUACCUAUAUUAUUGUG